AUGGCCGCAAACCCUCUCCCUCACCCCAUGCUCGCACUGGGCAUGGCGGCCUCUAUCGUCACCCGAACACGGACCCUGGUGCCCGGUGCGAGCACCCGCUCUGAUACGCUCAGGGCGGGCGGGCACGAGAUCCAGCUCAGCCACGAACUCGGCCAUGGCGCAUACGGCGUCGUGCACCACGGCAAAUCGCGGGGUGGCACAAAUUACGCCGUGAAGCACGCCCGGACCAAGACGGCCAAGACGGCGCAGCACGAAGCCGCCAUGCUCGACAGGGUGUCCGGGCACAAGCACGUCGUUCCGUACAUGGGCAUGGCGCAGGCGCGCUCCAAAUGCUAUGUCCUCACCGGACUCUGCGAGGGUGGAAGCCUUCAGCAACACAUCGAGGCAGGCGACUUUCACCUCCGAAACGCGGAGGUCCGGCGUGUCUUCCUUCAACUCAUAUCAGCCGUCAAGCACUGCCACCAACGCGGUGUCGCUCACCGUGAUCUCAAACCGGACAACAUCCUUGCCCUGGACUCGCGCGCGGAGACGUACUGCCUUGCGGACUUCGGCAUUGCGUCGGAUCGAAGGCAAUAUCCGGUCGAGUUGACCGGCACCUUCGCAUACAUGGCACCUGAGUGCCUGGGAAGCGAGUACUGGAAGAACACAUACGAUACCCACUCUGCAGAUGUCUGGUCACUGGGCAUCAUACUGGUCAAGAUGAUCACCGGCCGCGUACCGUGGAAGGUCGCGGUGGGCACUCGCCGCAAUGGCGACGACCUCUACCGCGAAUACUUGCGCGAUCGUUUCUUCAUUGGCGACUAUCUAGAGCUCGCCGAGGAGUUCUUGCCGCUGCUCCACCGUAUCCUCGAACCAAGUCCAGCAAAGCGCAUCUCAAUCGACGAUCUUGAAAAGGAGUUCAGGGCGUGCAAGAGGUUCUCAUGGUCCAUGGAGGAGAUACAGCAGUCCAUGGAGAGCUUCACAAGCAAGGCUAUGGAGAAGGACGGGGAUGUAGAGGUGGGGAUCGUCGAGGAGCUUCUGAAGGCAGAGGCAGAGGCGAAGCGGCGGGCGGCAACAGAGAAGGUGCUGGUCGAGUUGUGGCGCAAGCUCAAACUCAAGUUGAGAUGA